AUGGGCUGGUUCUUUCAAUCCGAAUUCUUUGAGUUUGAGUUCCUUCGAGUCAUCGGUACCGCCCCUGUCCAAGGGGCCGAGGUGGGCGAAUGUCUAGCUGCACAAUCUUGCAUCCAAGAUGGAAAUAUCGACAGCUGGCAUAGAUCAUGGGUCAAAUUUGGCCAAAUGGCAGACAGCCUUGGAGCCAAAGCCCUGGAAGCCAAAGAUCACGAAGCAGCUCGGUGGGCCUUUCUUCGAGCUUCAAACUAUUGGAGAGCAAGUGAAUUCUUCCUGCAUUGCAAUCCCGCUGACCCAAAAAUGGGCGAGGCCUUCGAAAGAAGUGUGGCAAGCUUUCGAAAAGCCAUUCAGCUACUCGAUGGAGAGGUUGUUCUUCUGGAAAUUCCAUUCGAAGACAUGGUUUUGCCUGCCUACCUCUUCCUGCCCCCGGCCCACAAGCAGCUCCCUCAUGGUACUCCACUUCUAAUCCACACCGGUGGUUUUGACUCCAUAGGCGAAGAGCUCUACUUCUAUGUUGCUUCCGGGGCCACUCAACGGGGCUAUGCUGUCCUCAUAUUUGAUGGACCGGGCCAGGGGGCUGUUCUGCGUAGCAAAAACGCCAUUUUCGACCUGACUGGGAAGUUGUGA